CCCUCCUUCCUCCUCCUUUCGUCUCGAUUAUUCUACUUUUAAACUAGAAUCAGGUUUGCUGGUCAACCCGUCGAUGCCUUCAAUUCAAAAAAUCGUGUCUCGCGUCACAGAGUCUCGCUGGUCGAAGCUCUACGUUGCAACCGCAUGCUUGCAAGCCAUUGUAAUUAUAGUACUGCAAGUUGCAAUUCUUCUCCAGAAUUCCCAAGAAUCAGAAGAGCUACCUGAUGCUUUGCCCAUUGGCACAACAACCUCUAGCAGUGAUGUAUUGGAUCAGGCAGCCGUUCGUUUUCGCAACAUCAAAUGGGAGAAUCUCGCCUUUUGCGGCUUUCAAAUAUGGUUCUUAGGCAUGGCGUUUGAUGCAACCGUUUAUCAAAAUACAGCCGAAAUUCUAGCUUUAGCUGUUCUCAAUGGUUUUUGUGCGCUUCUAGGUGCAUUUGAGAUCGUUGAUGGUGUGAUAUGGAUCAAACGCAUUGGCGCAGACGUCAACGUCGUACCUCUGUCAGUUGCACGCAAUAUUGAAAUUGGCCUCACUUGCGCCAUUCUAUUGUUCGCCUGUGUCUUUGCCUACCUCAGUCUAGCAAUGGUACGACAAUUCGGCUGGAAUAUCUACAAAAAAAUAGGUGCCGACAUUAGAAUUCAACGCAUGUAUCGAACGUUUCAAUUCUUUGUUCUGGCUCUGAAAAUCGACCUAUUCUUUGAAUUCAUGGUCAGCGUUUUCUACUGCAUUCAAUUCGGUCUACGUAGCGGAAUUACUGGAGAGACUGGUAUCCAGUUGGUUGUUACCAUUCUUCUAGUGCCCAUGCUUUAUUUUUCACGAAUGGCCUGCUCGUCUGAAAGUAUCGGUCAAAUGAUCACUUGUAUCUGCUUCCAAGGUUUUGUGGUCGUUCACUUUUCUCUUGUCCUUCAUCAGACAUUCGUUCCCAAUAACAAUUGGUACGUGUGGAUUUGUCUGGUUUGGGCGGGUAUUGCUCUCACGGUGGCCACAUCAGUUCUUGGCGCAAUGUGUUUGCGUAACUUUGAGAAGGGUCUGAAACCUUUUGUACAACGCGGCCGCAACAAGUCGUCACAGAAGGACUUGGAAAUGAAUACCCAAAAGACCAUCGAUGAGUGGAAGAUCGAUGAUAUCUAAGCGUCAGCUGCUACCUUCGUUAAAUUCCCAAUUGCAUAUCUAUUUUCUCCUGUCGUCAUUUACCAAGACUCCCCUUCACUCCUUACCCCACACCUUCCAUGCAAUGGGUCGCGGGUAUUCUUUAGCUGGCCAAGAUACCUCACUCCUAUUUGUUGCAUAUAGAGAACAAC